AUGAGGAAGCUGCAUGCUUUCAUUAUUUCCUUCUUGCUUCUGAAAUUUUCUCUCAUCUUGUUCAGUUUGACAGACCCCGUCUGCUUUUGGAGAAUAAAGCACAGUGAAGAUGAUGAUGGAGAUUUACAUACAGACUGUAAUUUUGUUCUUUUCACAUCUCAGGAACCUGUAGAAGAAGAUUUUUAUAACAGAAUCCUUGAUUUUAAAAUACCAACAUGGAAAUAUGAGUUUAUCCUUGUACUGCUUUUUGCUACUGAUGAGAUCAACAAGAACUCCUACAUUUUACCCAACGUGUCUCUGUUAUUUAGCAUUCCUGUUGAUAUCUGUUUUGAAACAUGGGAUGUAAUUGAUAAAUACAUUUCACCAAAAACCAGUAAUCACACAUUUCCUAACUAUAUCUGUGGAAUAACUGUAUGUGAUGUAGGACUUACAGGACCAUCAUGGACUACAUCUUUAAAACUGGCGAUUUUUUCUAGAAGUCCAAAGAUUUUCUUUGGACCAUUUCUUUCUAUUCUGAAUGACAAUGCCCAGUUUCCCCAUGUCUACCAGAUAGCACACAAGGAUACAUGUUUGACUCAGGCCAUGGUCUCUUUGAUGCUUUAUUUUUCAUGGUACUGGAUAGGUUUGGUCAUCUCUGAUGAUGACCAGGGCUUCCAGUUUCUCUCAGAUUUGAAAGAAGAGAUGCAAAUUAGUGGAGUCUGUUUAUCUUUUGAGAAUAUGAUCCCAGAUAAUAUACAGUUAUAUGUGACAAGAGGUGUAAUAUAUGAGAAACAAAUCAUGACAUCCACAGCAAAGGUUGUUAUCAUUUAUGGUGAAAUGAACUCUACCCUAGAAGCUAGCUUCAGAAGAUGGGUAUAUUUAGGUGUACGGAGAAUCUGGGUCACCACCUCACAGUGGGAUGUCAUCACAUGUAAAGAAGACUUCAACCUCGACCCUUUCCAUGGGACUGUUACUUUUGCACAUCACCAUGGUGAUAUUUCCAAAUUUAUAAAUUUUAUGGAAUCAAUGAACACUUCCAAAUACCCAGUAGACAUUUCUGGGAUGAGACAGAAGUGGAAUCAUUUUAACUGUUCAAUUUCCUGUACCAACUAUAGCACAAUGAAUCAUUGUUCAUUCAACACUUCUUUGAGAUGGUUAUCAGAGCAUAAAUUUACUAUGGAUCUGAGUGAAGCAGGUUACAAUUUAUACAAUGCUGUUUAUGCUAUGGCCCAUGUCUACCAUGAAGUCAUUCUUCAACAAGUAGAAUCUCAGGAAAUAGCAGAACUCAUAGGAAUAUUCUAUGACUGUCAACAGGUGGCUUCUAUUCUGAAGAACAUUGUAUUUAUUAAUCCUGUUGGAGAACUAGUGAACAUGAAUUCGAGAAAAAAAUUGUGUGCAGAUUAUGACAUUUUCAACAUUUGGAAUUUUCCACAAGGUUUUGGAUUAAAAGUGAAAAUAGGAAGCUAUUCUCCUUAUUUCCCACAAAGCCAUCAAUUGCAUAUAUCUGAAAAUUUAGAGUGGUCCAUGGGAGGAACACUGGUUCCUACUUCUACAUGCAGUGUGGCAUGCACUCCUGGAUUCAGGAAAUUAUAUCAGGAACAAUCGGCAGAAUGCUGCUUUGAUUGUGUCCAGUGCCUAGAGAAUGAAGUGUCUAAUGAAACAGCUGAUAUGGAGCAGUGUAUGAGCUGCCCAGAUGACCAGUAUGCCAACACAGAGCACACACACUGCCUGCAAAGACGUGUGUCCUUUGUGGCUUUUGAAGACCCACUGGGGAUGGCUCUGGCCUGCAUGUCCGUGUGUUUCUCUAUCCUCACAUCUCUUGUACUUGGUACUUUUGUGAAAUAUAAUGACACGCCCAUUGUGAAAGCCAAUAACUGCACUUUAAGCUACAUCCUAUUGAUCUCCAUCACACUCUGUUUCCUCUGCUCCUUGCUCUUCAUUGGGCAUCCCAACAUGGGCACCUGCAUCCUACAGCAAACCACGUUUGGAGUCCUUUUCACAGUGGCCUUGUCCAGUGUCUUAGCCAAGACAAUUACUGUGGUCCUGGCCUUCAAGCUGACUACUCCAGGAAGAAGAAUGAGAUGGAUGCUGGUAUCAGGGGCACCUAACUUUGUCAUUCCCAUCUGUACCUUUGUCCAACUUGUUCUCUGUGGAAUCUGGAUGGUAACGUCACCACCCUUCAUUGACACAGAUACACACUCUGAACAUGGGCUGAUCAUAAUUGUGUGCAACAAAGGCUCAGUCAUUGCAUUCCACCUUGUCCUGGGAUACUUGGGCUUCUUGGCUCUGGGAAGCUUCACCGUGGCUUUCUUGGCAAGAAAUCUGCCUGACAGGUUCAAUGAAGCCAAAUUCCUGACCUUCAGCAUGCUGGUGUUCUGCAGUGUAUGGGUCACCUUUCUUCCUGUCUACCAUAGCACUAAGGGGAAGGUCAUGGUGGCUGUGGAGGUCUUCUCCAUCUUGGCUUCCAGUGCAGGGCUGUUAGGGUGCAUCUUCUUCCCAAAGUGUUAUUUUAUUUUGAUAAGACCAGAUUCAUAUUCUUGUCAAAAAUAUAGGGAUAAAUCGCUUAAUUGA